GGGGAGGACCCGGUGAUGUCAAAGCUGAUGUAAAAAUGAAACGGGGAAGCCUUGCAGAUCUGUGACGCCUUUCCCAAGCGGUAAAUCAGGGAGGGGAGCAAAAAAAAAAAAAGAAAAAAAAAGAAAAAGAAGACGGGGAAAAAAAAGGAAAAGCCAGCCCGUCAUCUUCUAAUUAGAGUAGGAGGCCAGUUUGUCCAGUGGAAACGCGCCGUCGCUGCUGCCUCUCCUGCCCCGCACUCGCAGCAUCACAGAUCCCUCCGUCACGCCGAGGUUUCCCCCCUCUGCCGCCUGCGUAACAUCUCUCCAGGUCCAGCCGCGCAGCGCACCGACACCUGACCGCUCGGAUCGCGUCGGAACCCGGCUGAGGCGACACCAUUGCGCGGAUUUUCGUCCUUUCGGAGAGCUCGGAGAAGCGAGGCACACCAUGAAGGACAGCAUCGCCAACAACAGCACAGCCAGCAUCUCCCAAGCCAGGAAAGCAGUGGAGCAGCUGAAGAUGGAGGCCUGCAUGGACAGGAUAAAGGUCUCCAAAGCAGCUGCAGACCUGAUGGCGUACUGUGACGCCCACACACGCGAGGACCCCCUCAUCGUCCCCGUCCCCGCCUCCGAGAACCCCUUCCGGGAGAAGAAGUUCUUCUGCACCAUCCUCUGAUGAGCCGCCGCCGGAGCUGUUCUGAGUGCGGGCAUGGCGUUGCCUGGCUUCUUCUCUGUCUUCACCACACCUGAAGCUACUGGCCAAUCAAAGGCGUUGAGUUGAGUUUUGCCUGGUGGACACUGUUGUUGCUGGUCAGCUCUGUCUUAGUGGCUGAGGGUUUUUGGGGGAGUCAGCCACCGAACUGGCAACCCAGUGAGCGUUACCAUGUCUUGUUAAAUAGGUUUGUUAUUGCUUUGUUGUUAGAGAACAGCCUUGCUCAGUACUUCAUGAGAUGAAAGAUGUGUUUGUUUGUUUUUGUUUUUUUCCCCCCUUUUUUCUUUUUUGAAUUUUCUCGUGCUAGAUCGUAACUUGCCUCAGGAAACAGAAAAUUUGCCCAGUGUCAAAACUUUUAAAAACAUGUUUCCCUUUUUACUUAUAAUUCAGCAUAAAUUUUUGUAUUUGUAAAAAAAU